CUACGUCACAAGAAAUUGCUGACUGAGUUUACCAAGUGGGAACCCUGUGGUACAGCUUGCUAAGGCAAUCAAKUGGAACAAUGUACAUGUCAUCAGAAGUUCGAGUGAGUUGGUCUGUUGAAGGAGUUCUUCAAGACUAAGGAUACCUGAGUCUAGAAGUUGGUCAACGUGUUAUGGAGAUUUCAGACGAAGCUGUACAUUUUGUAAGAACUGAGUUGUCAAAAUCUUUCAACAAUCACAGAAUAAUUAUUGCUCCGUCUAAAGUUGAAGUGUAUUCUGCGAAGACAAAAGACUUCCUUAAAAAGCCUUCUGAUGUGAAGUGGAGUUUAGUAGGAUCAGGGAUUUUAGCUGUUGUUUAUGAUACAAAAGAGAAUAGCGAUCGACUACAGCUGUGCUUAACAUCGCCAAAGACAGCCAACAUAAUAUGGCAGGAAAAUAUAGUUCCUUUUACGACUAUUGAUAGUCCUCAUCCCACUUUUCAUACUCUUACUAGCACACGAAAUUACCAGGAAAGGACUGGGAUACUCUACCAAAACAAGGCUGUAGCAAGACUUGUCUUUCAGGUCAUGAGUAUGUUCACCUCACAGACUCGUUCUCAAAGUUCCAAGAAAGUUUUACGUUCUCAGUCAUUUUGUGUUGCUCCUAGACCUAAAGCCACGCCAGGAGCUCGGGACGUGAAAAAUACACUGGAAAUAUGUACUAUAGCGUUAUCUAAAGUUCAUGUUCAGCGAGUAUUUAGUACCUCUAGUUCUUCACCUAAGGUAUCUGGGCCAAUGACGGCCAGUAUAUGUGUCCAACGUCCACCACAAAGAAUGACAUUUACACCAGAAAGAAAAUUAUCAAGUCCCCCUGCGAUUAUUAAAAGAAGAGGAACUGUUCCAUUAAGCCUGUUGACAACUGAUUUAUGUACAACUGAGCUUUAAUUAAAGUCUCAUAGGAAUACUAAAUAGGAAAUGGAACGAAAGUUUUAAUAUUGGGAUUGACGCGAUGGAAAUUAAUUAUUUCGAUGAACAGCUUGCGUUCAUGUAAUUAUUAUUGAACGUUAAUAGAGCUUCUCUAGUUUGGGCUGGUUCUUCGUUUUUAAUAUGCUUUAUAGAAGAUAAUAUAGUGAAAAAGCUUUCUGUAUAUAUUUUAUGAACGCUUUGCAAAGUGAAAUAUUGAUGAAGACRCUAAACUGUUUGAGUUUAUAAUGCACACAUAAACCUACUGUUUGUUAUGUUAUGGUCUGAUAUUGGUAUAUUGAUUGAUGACCGGAAAUGACAAAGAAAACCCUUCGAAUUUCUUCUUUGAGCCAUGGCAAUGAAAGAAGAGUAAUUUCUAGUUUAAUUGCUGGGAAUUUAAGAACCAAUUUUGGAGAAUUUCAUCUCUUUUAAUAGCUAAUGCCAUUGUUUCACAUGAAAUACUUUCACUUCAACUUUUUUUUCGUUGGAAAAGUGAGCCCAUAUACGACCAGGUUCAUGAGUUCAAGCAUGCAAAUCAAUCCGCAAAAACACUCUCUAUGAAGAUAUAAAGGUUUUGCGGUUUUGAGGGAGAAUUAAACAAAUCGCUGGAUUUCCUGUAUCUUUKGAACGAACUGUUCUUGAGCCACUAGCAUCAACGACUUGCCUAGCUUCUAAGKUGAUUUUCCCGCCAUCAAAAACCACGUCGGACGACUCUGUACUUUGAUGUUGAGCGAAAAUUUUCCAAAGCUAAAUAYAUAAUUCAUUUGGCGUUGUAAACUAUACAGAUCAUCAAUCAAAAAGUCAUUAUACUAAUCUUAGAUGUUUGAAGAAUCAAAACACAUUGGGUGGGGCUAAGCUGCGGCUGAAUGGGGUCAACUGACAUUUUAUCUUAAAAGGUUUAAACAAUUUUCAAAUAGUCAAAGACGCACCCUGCACUUUCGUAAAACAAUUUGUUCUAUGAAUUAGCAUCAAAAACUGCUUUUUAAAGUAAAUAUUUUGGUUUUAAGAGGGUUCUCUACGGUGCACUUUAUUGGGUUUCGCUGAUUGCACUCAAAUGGCUUCCUCGACACUGAAAUGGUUUUCCUUAACACCUUCAAAUGAAUGGAAAUCAGACUAAAAGCUAACUUAUAUAUUACUUGCCUGUAUUUAUGUUGCMAUGAGGAGAAAUUAAGAGAGCAUAAUUUAUGUUCGGAGAAAUUCAAGGACCAUGCACUUGGAUUCGAUCUCAAAAGUUGAUGAGAUCAAAGCACUUACACUUAAAUGGAUUCCGCACCCAAGACUUCGGCGUCUUUUAAUCUACCAGGUCGCAAGACAUAAUUCACUUACGGAAUUGAACUUUUAGGAAUUGUUUAUCAGUUGAUUACCGAGAAUAUACCUGAGUUCAUGAAAA